UGAAUAAUUGGUCCAGAUCUGGCAAUGGCCAAAUUGCUGAGUCCAAGAAGCUACAGAGCUGGUCAGACCGUGAAAUAUGCCUUUAGCAUCAUUUGUACAACCUAAUUUGACGUGGAUAUAAAGAUCUAUAAUGUACCCUCCUUUUCCGGGGGUUUCUUUUUUCUCUCUAACAAACAAGUCCUGGAGACAUAGUCAUUCUUUUACACAUAGUCAUUCUUUUAAAACACCUUCUUUCUCAAAGUCCGCUCAAGAUGAAGUUCUCCCUUGCCUGCAUCGCUGUCAUCUUCGCCACUGGAGUGCUGACCGCUCCAACUCCUGAUGCCUCGCUCGAUAUUUCUCUCGAGAAGAGGGAUGACCGUGGACAAUACACCGUCUCUGGCUUGGGGGAGCGCAAGAAGGCCAUCCUCCAAGCCGGUGGUAACUCUCUUGACAUUGCCAUUGCGAUGCUCGAAAUUGAGGAUAUGAAUACCAGCCAUUAUCCCUAUGGGGAUGCCAAGACUUACGACGCCGCCAACUUCGGUCUGUUCAAGCAGAACUGGGGUCAGCUUCGGCAGUGUGCCCAUCGGUACGGCUUCAAGGGCAAGCCUGAAUCCCAAUGGAACGAUGGAGCUGUGUUAAACUCAAAUGUUUACGCCGACGUCGCCUCUCGCUGGGAUUGCCAGAACCACUACGGCUAUGACAAGUGGUUCGCUGGUCACCGCAACGGUGCCGCUGGUCUUGCCAACCCCUACACUGCGGACAUCAACACCUACAAGUCUGCCGUCCAGUGGAUCCAGAAGCAGAUUGACAGCAACGAUAAGUACAAGUACGAUGACACCCGCUUCUGGGUCAGCGUUGUUGCCAUCUAGGCGACGCCUUUCGUACCAUUUUUUUGCGAGUGGUCGAGGGCCAUACUUACGCUCUUAUUUGGAUCAUUCUGCAACGUACUUCAUUU